CCACCACACUUUCCCCCUCCCUCGCACACUUCGCCACCUCCUCUCCCAUCCUCCCCUCGGUCGCCUCCCGCAUCCACCGCAAUGGCGUCCCAAACCCUGCGCCGCCUUCGCUUGCUCGCGGCUCGGGCCGCCGCCCUCCCCGCCUCACCGCACCUGCCCUUCUCCGCUCCGUCGCGGGCACAGGCCCACAUGGCGUCGUCGUCGUGGGCCGUCCUGGGCAGCAUCCCGCGGGUCGCGCCCCCCGCGGACGGCGCCGACGUCUCCCUUGCGCUCACCCCGCCCCCGCGCGUCUCCAUCCUCACCGUCUCCCCUCGCGUCUUCCCGGAGCCCGUCACUCCCAAGUACUUCCCCUUCGUCCUCGCCGCCGACCCCUCCGGCCUCCUCCUCCUCCAAGCCACCCUUGGCCGCCCCUGGACCCGCGAGAUCACCGACGGUCCCCACGGUCCCGGCGUCCACUGGCACGACUCCGAACCGCGCUACUUCGUCCUCGACGCCAACGCCGGCUCCGCGUUCCGCCUCCCCGAACCCAAGCCCGUCGACAUCAUGCACCAGGCCCUCCUCGGCCUCAUCGCCUCCCCUGGCGGCGGCGGCCACUACAUGGUCUCGGAGCUGCGCCCCAUCAUGGGCACCGACCAUGCCACGCUCCUCUCCUUCUCGUCCGAGGUCGGGAAGUGGGUCGAGAAGAGCGUCCACUACCCGCUCGCGCGCCGCAUCUUCGCGCCCAUCGGUGUGGUCUCGCACCACGGGAGGCUCUGGUGGGUCGACCUCACAUGGGGCGUCAUCACCAGCGACCCCUUCGCCAGCGACCCGGCCCUCCGCUUCGUGCCGCUCCCGCCGGACAGGGUGCUGCGGUCCAGGGAAGCUUGGGGAGAGUCCGACAUGUACCGCUGCGUGGGGGUGAGCGCCGGCAAGCUGCGGUUCGUCGACACCUACUACAUGGGCCGUGUCAUCGGCGGCACUCCCAACAUCAGCGUGUGGACGCUGCCUGGUCCGGACUCCACGGGGUGGACGCUGGAGCACGAGGCAAGCUUUGGUGAGAUCUGGGCCGAUGAGAGCUACAAGGCCACUGGGCUGCCCGUGGAGAUCCCCACGCUCGCACUCAUCCAUCCCGAGAACCCCGACGUCGUCUACUUCUUCCUGGAGAAGCACAUGUUCGGUGUCGACGUGCGUGCGCGCAAGGUUGUGGACUGCAAGCUCUACGACCUGGUUGCGCCGCCGAGGUGCGCAGUCGCCAGCCGCUUCGUUCGAGCGUGGAGGCUUCCACAACAACAAUCACCAGGGAUGCUUAACUGGUCUAAUGAUCCAAUCUUGACUGCAAAAGACAAAGCUCCACAUGGGAGUUACCCCCUGGAGGGACUUACCAAGCAGACAUUCAUAGGAUGAAUUGGAGGAACAUGAAGCAGCAAGUGUUUUUGGCUAACUCUCUCCUAGGUGAAUUUAGUACUAAAUUCAGGUCGUGGAGCGCAUGGGAUAUGAUAUUGUCUGUUCUGGUGACAUGCCUGCUCUAGCAGUCACGGAGUUCUUCACUGAGACGCCAAGUAGCUUAACAUGUCGUCUUUGGUCUGUAAGAUGGUGAAUGGUAUCGGUCGCUUAGUUUGUAUUACUCCUCGGAUGGAAUGCUGAUACUCAGAGUAGUGUUGUUUUGGUUGAUGGUGAUGCUGCCAGACUUUCAAGUGAUCCCUUGAAUCUGCUAGAAUGAUAUGAAG